UCGAUGAUUCCUGGCCGUCACCCUGCUCGUAGGGUGAACGUUGCCAUAGUCAAGUCACCUCGAGUCAAGACAGUUGUCAAAUCCGCCACGACUUCGUCCAUCGUCACCGCCGUGGAAGCCCUCUGAAGUGAUUCGAGCAACGCCCGCAACGCCCCCCGAUUAGAUUUUGUUGACCCACGGCCUUUAAGCCUGAGAAGCAUGAUCUGGAUAAGGAUAUCCUGUUCCUAUUCGUCCUAAGGGAUGGCUGGCAAUUUCCGAUACACGGUCUGGGAUCCGUGCAUGAUCCUGGCUCAAAUGGCCACACUCCAAUGCUGUUUCUACGUCUCUUUGGGUGCCUGGAUCGUGAUUUUGGACGUUUUGGUCGGCUAUCCCCGAUCCCUGGACCAGAUUUUCAAGUACCAGUCCUGGUUCAUGACGCAAGCCCAUGGGAAAGUGAUGAUCACGGCCCUGAUAUGCAAUGCCUUUUCCAGUUCGUUGGCUUUGUGGCACGUGAUUCAACGCACCAAGUUGUGUCUGGAUUAUACUUGUACGGUUCACUUCUUUCACGUGCUUCUCUGUUGGUAUUAUAAUGGCUCUCUGGCCCAUCACUUCUCUUGGUGGGUGAUUAACACCAUCUCCGUGACCCUCAUGUGUGUCUCAGGCGAGUUCUUGUGCAUGAGAACCGAGUUGAAGGCCAUUCCUGUCAGUAUGAGUGGUGCCAAAGUGGACUUGUGA